GAUAAUUCUGAGGAUGACACCAUAUAGAUUAUAUAGCAGAAAUAAUCGCGACCCUGUCAAUAUCGUAUAUAGUGACAUAUAGAUAAAUUUUGAUAAUACAUAGUUAUAGCCCGAUAUUUUGACCUAUCUAUCAAACGAUCUCUCGGAGUUUUGCCAAAUAACAUUGGCGUUAGAACGAUUUUCUUUAAAGGUAUUUUGCUAUUGUGUUUUUGAAGCACGUAAUCCCGCUGUGAAACAUGAAGGAAUUAGUUGGAAAAUGGAAACUUCAACAUGAGAAGACCGACAACUUUGAGGACUACCUGAAAGCUGUAGGAAUAAGCUUUGCCUUUCGAAAAAUGGGAAAAGCUGUUGUUCCUGUAGAGGAAUUUAAACAAGAUGACGACGAGAACUGGUCUCUGUGUAUAUCUGUAUCUAUUGCACACACCACUCUCAAGUUCAAAUUUGGUGAAGAAUUUCAUGAAACUACUAUGGAUGGCAGAAAAUGCAAGACGACAUUUACAAUAAGUGACGAUGGUCAUUUGAUACAAUAUCAGAAAUCAGUGCAUGCAAAUAUACCCGACACAAGAAUAACACGAAAGAAGGUUGAUGAAACAACCGUUACCCAGAUAUAUGAGGCCGUUGGAACAAAUGUUAAGUCAGUCAGGAAAUUCAUCCGACAGGAAGCCUAAUGUCAAAUGAAUGAACUUCUUGAAAAAAUUAAAUGACAAUGAAAGUCAAAAGACUAUCAUUUGUAAAUAUACUAAUAACAGAUCAAAAAUGUUAUCUUUGAUUUCUCUAAAUGUUGCCAUUAUCUGCUUUUUAAGAUGUUUUUCUUAAUUUUGAACAGUCGUAGGUCAGACGGCUUUAAUGACAAUUUUCUAUUCCAAAUAGAAUAUCUUGAUGAAGCCAGAAUCGAACUACUUUUGUAUCUUAUUUCAGAGAACUAUUCUUAAUUAUGUUAAAGAUGACAGAAUGGUGAACUUAAGUUCUGAUCUGUCCAUUUCAUAACAUUAGUAUAGUAAUGCCAAUCUUAUGCAUAUAAAUAUAUUACGAAAACUGUAUAUACAUGUAUUACUCUUCAAACGUUGCAAAAUAUGUAUAUUUAUACAAACACUGAAACAGGUCCGA